ACGGAGGAUCGCAUUCCUACCCAGCGGAGAAAAGAAACAGAGGAAAGGUUCUGAACAUGAAAGUCAUAUACAUCAUGAUCUUGGUUGGAGAACUCUCUUUACUACCACCAGUAAUGGCCACCAACUGUACUGCUGAAAGACAGACUGAUGGUAAAUUCCCCAAGAAGUAUUCUUCAGUUCCUAUGGAUCUCAAUAAAAAUAUUACGACACUCUGCCUCAGUAAUCACCACAUUACUUUAAAUGCUGCAGACGUAAAGAUCCUACAGACAUACAUUUUUUUGAAUGAACUCUAUCUGAAUGACAACAAAAUUGUUAUACUUCGAAACAACAGUUUCAGUACCCUAUCUCAUCUGGAAAUUCUAAAUCUCGCUAACAACUCCAUCUAUCUAAUUGAAUGGGCUGCUUUUACAGGACUGAAUAAUCUAAAACAAUUAUAUCUCUGCCAAAACAAAAUAUCUCAAGUGGAGCCUGGAACAUUUGCAUCUCUAACUAGCCUUGUGACUUUGAAUCUGGAAGAAAAUAUAUUAAGUAACCUGGAUGACCAAAUGCCUCUUGGUCUGAAAACAAUCGCUUUAAAUGGAAACCCAUGGAACUGCUCUUGUGGUCUAUUCGAUUUUCAGAACUGGUUAAUCAGUUCAAAUGUGACACUAGAAAAUGAGAACACAACUAUGUGUAGAAAUCCACAGUUGCUGAAGAGCCACAGCAUCAAAAAAGUACUCGACUGUCCUUUAGGAUCUUCCUCUGCAUUUGUAACUAAUUUUAAUGACACUAAAAAUCACUCAAACAAUUCAGAACCUGAACGUCUUGGCAAAAGCUGGGCCUUUCUCGUGGGUGUUGUAGUAGUUGUCUUGACAACCUCACUGUUGAUUUGUAUUGCUAUUAAAUGCCCAAUGUGGUACAACUUUUUACUUAGCUACAAUCACCAACGCCUGAAAGAGAAUGAUCCUGACAUACCUGAAGAGGAUUUUACUGCUCACUCCAUUUCCCUGCCACAAACACAAGAUGGUGAAACUAUUGUGAUAUUUGAACAAAUCCAUUCAUUUGUGGUAGAUGACGAUGGGUUUAUUGAAGACAAGUAUAUCGACACCCACGAGUUACAUGAAGAAAGCUAAUGUGUUUCCAGGUUUGACCUUCUAACUUGGUGUUCAUCCCACCACAAUUUAGUCUGAAUAGGGCCAUUAAAUCCCAGAUCCACAAGAUCAACCUCUCAGAGUUGGUAUACUGUACCACGCAUACACUUAGAGAAUGGUAAUGAGCAAGCAUAUGGCAGCAAACUGAUAUACCUAACUAGGAACCAAGUAAUAGCAAAUGUCCAUUAAAAUACAACGGUUGGGAGCCUGAGGUUUUUCCAAACAUUCUCCUCUGCCUGAACAAAUACAAUGGAAAAGUGGUGUCUGUAAUUAAUAAAGCUUUACAGUGGUUA